UGGAUUCUAAAACAUCCACCACGGAGGCGAUGCCACAUCCCAGCCUCCCCAUUGCAAGGAGGUCAGUCUGUGUUAAAUCCACCUUGCAUAUCUUAAAAAAAAACCUCUUGAAGCUCCGUUUACUCCAUUUUUGCAACUGCACUUGAGGGAAACGGAUGUUCAGAGGCUUCCUGUUCAAACGGACCACAGAGAGACUUUCUGAAAGUAACCUCCCCAAAGUUCCUGCCCGGAUCCACCCGAAAUCCCCCGGGGAGCCUUGGCCGGGCGAGGAGGGGGCAGAUCCACCCCUCUAUUUGCCACACCCCCGCGCCGAAGGGAAAGGAGGGAGUCGCUCCCUGCAGGCAAGGUCAGAGCCGGAUCUCCCCGAAGAAACCCCGGCAAGCCGAAGAGCGGGAUCCGCAGCUCCCUUCCUCCUGGCGGGGGGAAGAUCUCCUGGGAGGAGGGGCGGCCUGGAGGCCGGAGGGAGAGCAGCCCCACCUGAUGCGAGAGUAAUCCAGAAAACUCUCCCGAGGAUCCAGCACCGAUUCUCGCCGGGCGAAGCGGGACACGCGGAGGGAAGCGGAGAUCCAGUCUCCCCUCCCAGCCAGGAAAGCUGCCCUGUUCCUCCGAUGGGCGUCGGUGUCGAGGGUUCCUCUGCCCAUGGAAAGAAGGUUCCCUGCACGGUGGAAGCGGGACUGCCCCUCCUGCUCCAGUGUGUUUGUGUGAGCUUGCAUGAAGCCCGGCACCGAGAAGCCCCUUUGAGGUUUUUCUCUUGAAGAUCUCCGUUCAAAGUGCCAGUAAUCUUCAGUUACAAUUUUUUUGGUAUUUUUUCCUUUUUUGUUGUUCCUUCCUACCUGGAUAAUAAAUACUUAUUUUCAUUCUCAGGAACUUUUAAUUCAGCCGUCUACAGUCAGAUCUUACACUGAUCUCUAACAGCCAUUGGUACAGAGGUUACACGAUGACCCUCGAUCGUGAGAAUGAAAAUUGGGUAGGGGUCUCUGAACAUGGGUGGGUCUUCUCCCAUUCUUUGGUUUCCAAAUCCCCAGAGACAUCCCCCCCCCCGACAGAGUUUGGGGGAGCAGCCCAGAUCUCAUGCUUGUUCCCUUAGAGGCAGCACAAUACAACAGGGAAACAAGGCUGACAAUAUUGCCAAGCCAUUGCAAAAUAGAAAUGAUUUCCUUUUUCCUUUUUUAUUUAUAUCUGCCUUUUAUUAUUUUUACAAAUAACUGUUUAUCAAUAUCUGGGACAGGGUAAAGCUGGGACUGGAGGACUGGAGUAUCUGUGUCUACGAGGGGAGCCUGAUCCUUUUGGUUCUCUUGGUUUGGGUUUAUGGGUCUGGGUCAUAGAUCCCAUUUGCAGAUCUGUCCGUCAUAACUGCAAAUGGUCUCAGGUUAAUAAUAAUAAUAAUAAUAAUAAUAAUAAUAAUAAUAAUAAUAAUAAUAAUAAUAAUAAUAAUAAUAAUAAUAAUGUUUUAAUUUGUAUACCGCCCUUCUCCCGAAGGACUCAGGGCGGUGAACAGGCAAAUAAAAUACAAACAGAAACAUACACAAUAUUAAAACAACCCUUA